AUGAGGACGGCGGUGCUGCUGCUGCUGGCGCUGGUUCUGGUUCUGUGCGGCUGUUCGGUCCGAGGGGCUCCAACAGAAAACCUUCCGGCACUCUCUGAGCAAAUCAAACCAAAUCAACCAAAUGGCAAUGACAAUGCAGGAUCCAAAGCAGGAGAGAAACACAUCACUAACAAAGCAGCAAGUAAACCAGCAGUGAAAACGAAUGAUGAAAAGUCAGGAGACAAAGGAGCAGAUCAGUCCAUGACCAAGGGCAAUCAGGAUGCAAUGGGCAGUGUGGACAGGACACAACAAGCAGGCAGUGCAAACACACAAGCCGUGAAACAAAUUACGCCGGAACAGGACAAGACACACGGUCAGGUAGCGAACCCUAUGGUUGGAAAUGUUAAAAUUGGGAAUCAGGGGCAGCACACUGACGAAACGGUUCAGAGUGACACGCCUGCGGAAACGAGUGAUCAGAAGCCUGCAAACACACUGAAAACCAGCGAUAAAGUGCUGGACAAAGGACCUGUGGAGAAACCUGUAGUGCCAGGAGGGAACGAAGAUGGGCAAAAUGACGCCUUAAAAAAGAAGGAGCCAGGAGAGGGCACCACUGACGGAAACCAGGAGAGGACACCGCUGACGGAAAGCCAGAAGGAGAGAAGGACAAAAAGAAGGAGCCAGGAGAGGACACCACUGACGGAAAGCCAGAAGGAGAGAAGGACAAAAAGAAGGAGCCAGGAGACGGCACCGCUGACGGAAAGCCAGAAGGCCAGCAAGGACAAAAAGGAGCCAGGAGAGGACAUAACUGACGGAGAGGAAGAAGGAGAGGACACCAUUGACGCACAGCCAGAGGGAGAGGACACCAUUGAGAGACAGCCAGAAGGACAUGGAGCAACAGGAGAGAGAAACCAGUAUGACUCAGCUGGUAUAAAAGAUGAGGUGGAGAGCAGUCAUUUCUUUGCCUACCUUGUCUCUACAGCUGUGCUGGUGGCAGUGCUCUACAUCACUUACCACAACAAGCGCAAGAUAAUUGCCUUUGUUUUGGAAGGAAAGAAAUCCAGAUCCUCGCGCCGACCUAAAUCCACAGAAUACCAGAAGCUGGAACAACAUAUGUGAUCUGAAGUAAUUCUCUUGAAACCAUUGCCUCGUGCUGGUGAAUACACUGGGGGUUGUGUGAGAAGUGGGCAAAUGGAUACCGGCGUUAGAUAUUUUCCUGGUGUACUCUGCAUUGAUUUCACCUUGUGACAUUUUUCUAUUAUGUACCUUUUUAGAUGCUUAUUGUAUGACUAUGCAGAUGACACUGUUGCCUUAUUGAGGGGGAUUAGUGAAAUGCAGUGAAGGAAAAAUAAGCAUGCUGUUUUUUGCACUUGUGUCGUUAUUCAACUUUUAAAGCAAUCUUGUAAUUCGACCUGUCCAAGGUACUGACUCAGGAUAUUUCAGUAGCAGAUAUAAAUAUUAGCUGUUUGGGUUCCAGUCUUGUUUGUACAGUACAUUAGUGGUUGCACUGUGUACCUAAAAUAAGCCAUCUGAAUCUUUGUAAAAUACUGGCUGUGUACAAUUUCUUUCGGGUAAAUGUAUGUUAGAUAAUAUAUAUCAAGAGUCCAUUUAGAUGUACAAAAGAUUCAAGAUUCAAGAAUACUUUAUAGUCAUUGUACCACUGUGCAAGACAUCAAAAACUAAAGCUAAAUGAAUGGGAUUUGCGUUCAUGACCAUGUAGUGUUGGCCAGAUGAAUGUAAUGGCAACCUAUACUUUUCAAAUGAGAUGUUAGCACAUCGUCUUAUCGGCUGAGCAGAUGCUGAAAUAUGAUCAGUUUCUUGCUCAGAGUCAGAUGAGAAGAUCAAUAUCACCCUCAUAUCUUUUUGGUAAAUAUAACAGUGAAGCUACAGCUAGCUGCUGUUUAGCGUAGCUUAGCAUAAUGACUGGAAAUGAGGAAACGAAAAUGACAUGUUGCGGUUUUACAGGAGGCUAUGUGUUGGACUGUACUUUGAUUGGGAGCAUUUUAUGCUAAGCUAAACUAACCCGUUGAUGAAAGUAGCCUCCUAUUCGAGGGGAGACAUAAGAGUGGUAUCAAUCUUCUCAUCUAACUCUUGGCAAGAAAAGGAACAAGUAAAGUCCCCAAAAUGUUGAACUAGUUUUUUGAUGUAUGAUUUGUAUGAUUUGAUUCAUGUAAAUGCCUCUUUAUGUAUCCAGGCAAUCCAUCUUACCAAAGUGUCAGCCUGGUUACUGUCUGUCUGUCUGUCCAACACCUGUAUAGCGAGUUAGACUAUUCCUCUUUCGGUUGAAUAUUUCUAACUUGUGGCUCUGCAUAGAAACUGGUCUGAAAGGAAACUGUUAUGUAAGAGGACAUUGGCCAACAGCUGCAUUUGUUUUAACUGUUGGGACUGCACUAUGGGAAAAAAUGUUUCUGCGGGAGAUAGGUUGACCACUAAUCUUACCAUAGACUAGACGUGUGUGUGUUUCUGUUCAGAGAUGACAGACUUUGUGCCAAAUUGUGAACGAUAUUACUGUGAUUCAAUGUGUGAUUUUUUUUAUUUUAUUUUAUUUUUUCUGAGUUAACUAUUUCUACUGGGUGGUGGUCAUACUAUAUGGAAAGUAAAAAGGAAAAGAAAUGUAACCCAAUUGCUUCUUGGCAAAAUCAAAGUCCAUGUUAUGUUAUAAAUAUAUUUAUUUUUAUUGUGAAAUGUGGAAUCUGCAAAGAAAAGUCAGCUUUUUUUAGGCAAACUAGUUUACAACACAUUGUUCUUUUCACGAGUGACAUAAGCGACAGAAUUAGUUAAAAAAUGUCAGGAGUGACAUUAGCAUGGAAUUAGUAUCAUUUUAAAAUGUUAAAUGAUCAUAUAGCUUAAUAACUAUCAGAUAUUUAUUCCAUGUUGUAAGGAAUGGCUGUUGAUUUAAAAAAAAGUAUCUUGCUGUCCUUAAAAUGUGUGAUUGCACAAAUGUGUGUGUACUAAACCAAUUGAGUUCUGAUUCUAAAAUAAAAGCUUUUUCUACUUUCUAGCCUCAAA